AUGAUUGCCUUCCCAAAGCACUGGUUUCUAGCCACUUGUUUGUACCUCGCAAGCUUUGUUGGAGACUUGUUUGAUGGACUUCUGGCACGGAAACUAAAUCAAACGUCUGAGUUCGGUGGGUUAAUUGAUAUGUUGACUGACAGGCUUUCAACCCUCGGACUGCUAUAUGUGCUCAGUGGAGAUUAUCAACCACAAGAUCUAGAGUUUGGUUUUCCGGUAUUUCGAUUGACAUUCCUCGUGCUGAUAGCUCUUGAUAUAGCUUCUCACUGGAGUCAGAUGUUCAGCACUGCAAUUCUUGGGGCGCACCAUAAGGGCAAUGAUGCAAACGCAGGAAGGAACUCCAUUGUCAGAUUGUACUAUCGCAAUUAUUUCUUCUUUGGUUAUCUUUGUGUUGGCACAGAGAUACUUUACAUUGCUGCAUAUGCAUUUCAGUUCACCGAGGGCAUGUCGUGCCAUCGACUUUUGCAGGCAACACUAUGGGUUUCUCUUCCAGGGUGCUUGCUCAAGCAGCUGGUUAAUGUCAUACAACUUUUCUCGGCGUGUUAUUCAGUUGCAAACAAGGAUGCCAAAUCCAAGAUAAAAUAG